CAUCUGUCAAAGGUCGGACGUGGAAGCUCAUCAUCAGCCGAUUUCUGUGUGUGCGGACAUAAUAAUUCGUGAUAAUUUCACUGGUUUUAAAGCAAUUCUUUGAUAUUUCUGCAUUUUCUUAGGAUCCCCCUUGUUUACUUGGGCUCCAUUAUGGCGGAAAAUGAAGGAAAGGGGAAAGCUUUGAUGGAUGAAGCGGACAGAAAAUUAAAAUCAGCAACGGGAUUUUUCGGAAGUAUGUUCGGAGGAACUCAGAAACAAGAAGAUGCAUGUGAGUUGUACAGCAGGGCAGCCAAUAUGUUCAAAAUGGCAAAGAAAUGGAAUGAGGCAGGUAAUGCAUUCUGUAAGUGUGCUGAGAUCCGACUGCGUUUAGAGAGCAGACACGAAGCUGCCACUAGCUACGUAGACGCGGGUAACUGCUUCAAAAAGAGCAACCCACAAGAAGCUGUGAAGGUUCUGAAGAGAGCCAUUGAGAUCUACAUUGACAUGGGGCGGUUUACCAUCGCGGCCAAACACCACAUCUCCAUCGCAGAAAUCUACGAGAACGAGAUGAUCGACCUCGAGAAAGCUGUGGAGAACUACGAGAGGGCAGCAGACUACUACAAAGGGGAGGAGUCCAACAGCUCUGCCAACAAGUGUUUAUUAAAGGUAGCCAUGUAUGCAGCCCAGUUAGAAGAGUAUAACAAAGCCACCGGAAUCUACGAGGAAGUUGCCAAGACGGCAAUGGACAACCCAUUGCUCAAAUACAGCGCCAAAGAGUACUUCUUCAAGGCUGCCCUAUGCCACAUGUGUGUAGAUGCCCUGAAUGCACAGCAUGCGGUCGCAAAAUAUGACGAAAUGUUCCCAGCUUUUGCAGAUAGUAGAGAACACAAGCUCCUCAAUAAAUUGAUGGACGCAGUUGAGGAGCAGAAUAUUGACAAUUAUACUGAAUCGGUCAAGGAUUAUGAUUCCAUCUCACGAUUGGACCAGUGGCUGACCACGAUUCUGCUCAGGAUUAAGAAGAGCAUCAGCGGUGAUCCGGAUUUACGGUAAUCUGCCCUCGGCCGUCCGGCUCCUGCUGCUUGAGAUAAGCCACUUGUCUUCUUUCAAUUUCUCUUCAAAUAGAUUUAAUCAAAGAUAGAAAGGCUGCGAUGUGCGCAACUACAGGUAACGCAUGCAAUCCAACGGUCUGAUAUUUAUCUGGGGGGGAAAAAGUCGGUCAUUAAUUAGAAAAGAUGCUAUGAUACUCUGUUGAACUCUGUGUACAUAUAUAUUUCAUGAUCAAGAUGGUCGUGGCUUGCGAUGAUCGCUAAUGCACACUGCUUCAGUUUCUAUCAUAAAUAUCCGAGAGAGUUUACCCAUUCCUAUUGGUCGAGAGCCCAUCACGUGGGUGGUUUAAAACGGUUGGUAAAACACCAACUGGUUUUAAACACUUUUUUUCCAGUGUCACAUGAAUUUGUACUCCUACGAAAUCUGGUUCCUUUUAUCCUUUUAUUGGUUGAACGUUCACAAUCUUCAUUCAGGCAUGCCAAUACUACUGAUGAGUCCUUAUUUCAUAGAGUCCUAAAUUCACACUUCACCGGCACCGCUGUGUUCUGCGCCACUUGCGCAGUACACAUCAAGUGCACGCCAAUCUCCAUAUAAGGAGAUUUUUAGUACUACUUGCGAGAGCCACAUACCAUAAACAUAGCUAGAUGGGUGUUUCACAAAACCAAAGGUAAACUUGUUGAACAAAAACAUUGGAAAGUUAUAAUUUUAAGUGUUUUGAUUUUUAACCGAAAGGUAUUUAUGAAUGGGAAUAAAUAUGUGCUUGGCCGGUAUUAAACGAGUACGUGUGAUACCGGCUUGGGGCCUGGUUGCCGAUAAUUUCCUGAGCCAAAUAUCCGCCCCAAGUCAUAUUUAUUCCCUUAACGCAUUUAAUUCCAUCGUCAAAGAAUAUGUUUGUGCUGUUUUGAUAGUUGGGGGAAAAGCGAGGUGUUCUCCCAGAUUGACAUGCUAUUGGAACAAUUUCGGCCAUGGAACCACGCAGUUAUCCUUGAACUUAAUUGCAAGGAUUGAAAUUUGUAUAAUUUUGCCAUUAAUGUGCUUUCCACCUUACAAUUAGCUGAAUCCAACAGCCUGCAUGCAUUGGAGGAUGAAGAUAUGUUGAUAACAAGAUCACAUGAAACUAUUCUUCAACAGAACAAAUUUAGAAAUUGAUAACUUUAAAUAUUUACAAAUUGCACUACUUUUCAAGAUGUGCUGGUUUGCAUUAUAAUAUUCAUAGUGAGAAAUCAAUGUGUAUACUAUAGAUACAAUAAUGUAACAUAAAAUCUUUAAAAUUAAAACAUUUUUUUUUGGUUUAGUUUCGUUCACAUGGAAUUGACUGGAAGUGCCAUGUUAUAUGAAGAUGCAAUACGUUUUUUUUUUUUCAAUUGAAGAAUUUUUAAUGUUUUUUUUUUUUUUACUUCUACGCUGUUGUGGGACCUCUUUAAAUGUUAAAUAUUGUGAUGUGGGUGGUGAGAUGUGUAUUUAAUCAUAAUGUGUACUGUAUUAUUUCUUUGGUUUAUUUUCAUAUGAUUGUGAUGAUGGUAUUGAUAUCAGACAUCAGUCAAGCCCAGAAUUCAUUUAGAGCUUUCCUUGCACAAAAUAGAUUUUUUUUUUUUGAAAAUGGAGCAUUCUCGCUUAUUUUUUUAUGCUUUAGCUAUAUAAUUGACCUAUUGCCGUUUGCGAGAUAGCCACGCCCCUUAGACAACCCUAUUGAGUGUUGUACCUUGUUUGUCUCAGAUUUUGUGCGUUCCACAUCCAUUUGUACAUGUGAUGGGACACUAUUUCACAAGCUGCAUUGACGCGAUUCUAUCGUGAUAGGUUAAUAGGCCCACAACUGAAAGGUUGAUUCAAUGCAAUAAAACAUUUGGUAGAAUAUUAAUGUAAUUUCUGUACUUUCUUGGAUUAUCAGGCAAUGCUAUCGCAGCAUUAAAAGAUGGUAGGUUUUAGAAAAUUUCUUCCGUUUCAGAUUGUUGAAAAUGAAGAUGCUAACAACCUGAAGUUGCAAUUUUCAAGAAUCACUUGGUAUCUAAAGAGCAUUUUCAAAAGGCAGAGAGAAAUUGAAAUUCUUGCCAGGAUGGUUUGUGUGAUUUGUGUUCUCAAGUUAAACUCUGUAUAUUUUUUUUUUUAAAUUAAAUCAUAAAAUUGUCCACCUAUCAUGUAGUAGUCAGCAUCAUAUAAACAAAGGAUAAAGGUAGGAAUAGAAGAUAAAAUCAUUCCAGAUUCUAAGUGUGUAAAAUGUAAACAAAUACACCUCAUUUAUAAUUGUCAUUUGUGUACAGUUCAUAGAGUAUAUUAUCCAAAUAUAGUGGCAAGUCUCGUUAGAUUACUACCAAUUCUGGUGUACAAUGAAAAGCAGAGAUUUGUCAACACAAAGAAAAUAUUUAUUUCAAAUUUUGAAAUUGCACGCAAUUUUCUUCAUAGGUUCACAAAAAAAACUUCUUGGUUAUACCACCAUUUUGUGUGCAGUCCCUAUCCUAUGGCAAAAUUGUGGGCUAUGUUGUACAAUUAGAUACAGAUGGGAAAGAUUAAAUGAAAAUCAUUCUGGAGUGAUACUCUUGAUGUCCAUUUAACCAGUUCGCGCCGGGAUUAUUUUGACAAGAACGAAAUGGGCGCGGGAUUUCUUUCGACCUCAACCUCAAGCCAUGUGGGUGGAAGCCAUCGCCCUCAGGCAGCACACUCAUAUUUCCGGCCUCGCUCACUGCGAGCGGGUCGCUGACAGAUAUAUUUCCGACCUUGCUCCCUGCAUCUCUCAAUACCGCAAAACUUUUGCGUGUAUACACGUCGUCCGCCGCGAACUGGUUAAGAAACUUUACACAAGAAAAACUAGCAAUUGGUGGUAUAUAUAUCUACAUGUAUUAUGAACCUCUGGUUUUAUUUUCUCAUUUGGAUGUGCAAAGCUUUGAAAUGUUCUUGAAGGAGGUGCUGAAAAAAAAUGAUUUCUUACAUUUGAAUAGUAUUCAGCCAAAUUGGCUUUUGAUUUGCUUCAUUGUUUUGUAUAGUUAAUGAGUAAUUAUCAACACGUAUUGUGUACGCAUUUAAUCUACAGUCCCAAACAGCAGGCAAGAAGAUGACUUCUGUACGAUUCACCAAAAUUAAUCAUUUUUUUUGCCAAAUUAAGAAUGCAUGGGAAAACUAGCUGAUAGUUGCAGCAAGUUCAAGGGCAUCCAGGGAACCUCAGACAUUGUGUUAUCAAGUGGACAGUAAACUAGAGUUUGUCCAUCUGGAGUACAGAAUGGUAACACAUGUACAUGUACAUGUAUGUAAAUACAGCAACUGGUGAAAACUGGCAGAGUGCUAUUUGUAAUUACUGCUACAUUUACAUGUACAGUUGGAUAGUUAAUGUAAGCAGUAAUAACCAAGUUACAUUUACUCAAGCUAAAUCCGUUCAAGCAGCUUAACUUGGUUUAGUGCAGUGCUAUCAAGUGGACAGUAAACUAGAGUUUGUCCAUCUGGAGUACAGAAUGGUAACACAUGUACAUGUACAUGUAUGUAAAUACAGCAACUGGUGAAAACUGGCCGAGUGCUAUUUGUAAUUACUGCUACAUUUACAUGUACAGUUGGAUAGUUAAUGUAAGCAGUAAUAACCAAGUUACAUUUACUCAAGCUAAAUGGGUUCAAGCAGCUUAACUUGGUUUAGUGCAGUGCUAAACCCUGUACCGUGUGUACCGAGGGCCUUAACCUGUUACAUUGGCAAGGUGAUUUGGAUCUUGCGCAAAGUUAACAUAAUCAGGCAGAAACCGUUAACACUUAAUCAGUUCGAAUGAUUGGUGUGUUAAGAGACGUUUGUAAUAUUUGCAGCAAUUAUGCAGAGUUGUUUUAACUGCAUGUAUACUCAAACCACAAUUUUAUCCUAAAUCAUGCUUGUCUUUAUAUUAACAUGUAAAAUAUUAUUAAAAAAACAAAGUGUUCAAAUUUUCAUCAGUUACAGAGAAGCCAAUUUAAGAUGUGAAAAAAAGAUUGACUCUAUGAUGCACACAGAGUAAAAUAAGUGCAUGUAUAGAAGACAUCCCAAGAACUUUUACGAUUAUUUAAAUUGAAUUAAAUGUCUAAAAUAAAGUAUUAAUCCAAAGAUGACAUCA